AUGGCCCUCUCAUCUCCAAAACUGCAACUUGCAAUAACUGCUGGAGCAGCUGCAGCUGCUGCUGCUGGUCUGUGGUGGUGGUACAUGUCUACGAUUAAAAAUAAAGCAAAGGCAGAAAAAAAUGCCCUAACUGCUGAAAAGAAGCCAUCAAUUACACUGAUGGAAGUGCCUCAACUGGAAGAACAUGAAAAUAAUUUUUGCAACUUGAAGACACCAAAAUCAUUUGAGGGUUUCUUCUUUAACUGCUACAGUAAAAUCAGUAAGUUGGAUGGAGUUGCUGAAAGUGCUGGAUCAUCCCCAUCUAAAUAUAUCCAAACAGUAUCUAAAGAUGACCGAUCACCAACUGAAGAAACCCGAUUGGUAUCUGAAGAUUAUCCGUUAGUGUCAGAUGAUAAUGAUUCAACAGUGUCUGAAGAGGACGCAUCACAUUCUGAUUAUGCCUUCUCAGGAUCUGAAGAUGAUCCAUCUGUGUUUUAUCACUGGCCAGAAUUAGAGACAAAGUCUCCUUGUGAUCAAGAAGGACACCAGGAAAAAACAACUGGCAAGGAGGACUUCUUUUUCUUCAAAGUGUUAGGAGAAGGUACUUUCGGAAAGGUUUUCCUGGCUGCAAGUACAUUUUCGAGAGAAUUAUAUGCUGUGAAGGUCUUGAAGAAAAAGUGUAUCCAGCAAAAACGAAAGCACAAACAAAGCAUAUGUACAGAAAAAAGAGUUUUAAUGUUGGCACAAGGGCAGCCUUUCCUAACUCAGCUUGUUUGCUGCUUCCAAGCAGAGGACCGUCUCUUUUUUGUUAUGGAGUAUUUGUAUGGAGAUCUGGAAUGUUAUAUUCAACGUGCAGGCAAAUUUAGUGAAGCAAUAGUAAAAUUUUAUUCUGCGGAAAUUGUAACAGCACUCAUGUUUCUUCAUCAACAUGGUACUAUACACAGGGACUUAAAGCCAAGCAACAUAUUACUGGAUAAGAAAGGACACUGUAAAUUAACUGAUUUUGGACUGUGCAAGGAAGGUAUCUUGAAUGGGAUAACGACUAACUCAUGGUGUGGCACUCUUUACUAUAUGGCACCAGAGAUUUUGCUGCCAUAUUGCAAAUACAAUUGCUCUGUAGACUGGUGGGCUUUGGGGGUCGUUAUAUUUGAAAUGAUGACUGGAACACUCCCCUUCAAUGGAAAGUGCAAGAAAGACCUGCAUAUGUCCAUCUUAUUCAAAGAUAACAAUGAGAUUUUGUAUCCAAACGGGAUCAGUGAGGAAGCUGAGAGCAUCAUAAAUGCGUUCUUGAAAAAGAAUCCUACAAAACGUCUAGGAUGCGUAGCUUCUGAAGGUGGUGAAGAUGCGAUAAAACAUCACCCAUUUUUUAAAGAACUUGACUGGAAUCUUGUACAAAAAAGGAAAAUCAAGCCUCCCUUCAAACCCUGUCAUAAAUUGGACUGCAGUAGCUGGAAGGUGCUGAAGAUGGAAGAUAUAAUUUAAUCAUGAACCAGAUACAGCCAGAGGCAUUUUUUGACAUCUCAUAUUACUGCUUAGAAUAAAAUUUGUACUCAAAAUAGGAAGUUUCACUGUCAUUGAUGUAGCUGUUCUGUACAUCAGUCCAUAUCCAUGCUUUUCGUUUUAUAUAUGUUGUAUAAUUAUCUGGAUUAUUCUGAAAGUACUCGAUGUACUCUGUCCUUUACCAGUGCCAUUAAUAGUAACACACUGGUGUGCUUCAGUGAACCACAACAUGCUGUUACACCAUAUGCCACCUAUAAAGUACACUCUGCAUGUAGAGUGAGAGAACUUUCAAAUAUUUAAAAUUGUAACUGAGAAACUGGAAGUGUGAGGAAUAAAGGCUGUGAAUGAAAAUAAGAAUGAAAAAAGCUUACAACACUAAAAAUAAAAAUAAAUGAUAAUGCUAGCAAUGAAAUGCUAUCCAAAUAGUGCUGGGUAAUAAACAGGUAGGAACGAGCUAUGGUAUUGUCCGUACAAGAGUGAAAAAAGAC